UGACCCGCUGGAUCGGUAGUAGCGAAGAGGCGGCGCGCCGGAAAGCUACAGGAUAGAAAGAAAGUAGCAGUUAUCAAAACACAACUUCAGGGCCUGCAUCCGUGUUCAUCCUUCAGAUUUCAACGUAGGGCGUCUGCAAAGUGAUUACCUGGAGACGGAGCAGUUGCAAACACUUGUUUAUACGAGCGAAGUAAGCGUUUUGGCCUCGUCAACUUGGCUAACAUUAGCUAACAUUAGGCCCAGCUAGUGUUAGCCGUGGAGCUUACCUUUCGCUAUCAAAGCAAAACAAGGAAUGAGUGAUGACUUCUGUGGUAGUGUCAGACGGUGGAGGGAACAUAGUGGAAUAUGUCACCGUUGUGGAGGAGCCCCAGCAGUGUGAGCAGCAUCCCGCUGAGGAAGAGGAGGAGGAAGAAGAAGUGGUUCAGCGGGAGGUAGAGGCGGUGAUCAUGGAGGCCGGCGAGGAGGUGGAGGAAGAAGUGGAAGAGGACGACGGUGUGGUGCUGCAGGAGGAGGGCUGUCCAGCUGUAAUCGUGGAGGAGGUGCCCAGUGCCCAGGUGGAGGAAUGCUACUCAGCCCAGGUCCUGGUCUACGAUGAUGAAACGUAUCUCAUGCAGGAUGUGGCUGAGGAGCAGGAGGUGGUCACUGAGGUGGCUGAGACUGUGGAGAUGUCGGGUCAUGACAUGGUGUGUUUUGACAAAACGUUUGAGGCAGCUGAAGCUCUUCUCCACAUGGAGUCUCCUGGAGGACUGCACAGUGAACGCAACACAGCAGAAGAUGUGAUGAUGGAGACGGUGGUGGAGGUUUCUACAGAGUGUGGGCCCAUAGAGGAGGAAUCCUUCCCUAUCCCUCCUGAAUGUGAACCUGCUGCCAAGAAGAAGAGAGGAGGAGGACGUAAGCCCAAGUCACACCAGCCUGCUUCCAACGGCUCCUUUGACCUGGGGAUCAAGAAGAGGCAGAGGGAGGGCAAAGGCAACACCACCUAUUUGUGGGAGUUCCUGCUGGAGCUACUGCAGGAUAAGAACACCUGCCCCCGGUACAUCAAGUGGAUGCAGAGAGAGAAAGGCAUCUUCAAACUGGUCGACUCCAAGGCCGUGUCCAAACUGUGGGGGAAACACAAGAACAAGCCCGACAUGAACUACGAGACCAUGGGCCGAGCGCUGAGGUAUUACUACCAACGUGGCAUCCUGGCCAAGGUGGAGGGUCAGCGGCUGGCCUACCAGUUUAAAGACAUGCCAAAGAACAUUCGUGUGAUCGACGAGGAGGAGGAGGGCGCGGAGGUGGAAGACACUGAGUGCAUGGUGUCCGGCCAGCACCUGGCUCACCAGCAGGGCCCCGCCAGUCUGGGCACCCACUCCCCUUCUGUCACCCAGCCCCAGCAGACCUACGUUACUGUCAUCCCCAGCAAUGUGGCCACCAGGUCUGAGUCUAAUUUGACAUUAAUAUGUGAUAAUGAACAGGUCUUCAGAUGUGGUCUCAGUCAUCUGAUCUCAUGCAGCUCAUCUGGGUCUGUGAAGCCCAUCAGAGCCAUGCCCGUGGUCAUGACCAACUCACUAGGUCAGGUGACAUUAAAUUCCUCGCCCAUUCUGACCACCACCACAGGGGUCCCGGUAACGGUUGCUAACGCCUCCACCAGUGCUCCCCCCAAACUGGUGAUCCAGGCUCUGCCCACUGUGCUGCCUGCUGGCUCCAAAGCUGGAGAGAAGAUCACCAUCAUCACCAUCCCAGCCAACCAGCUGGCCACGCUUAUGCAGGCCAACGCGACAGGCCAGGUCACACAGCUCAUCCAUGCCAAACCUGUUGCUACACAGCUGGCGCAGGCCGCUGCUAAACCUGCAGCCGGCAACACGCACACGGUCCAGCUAACAGCGGGCCGCUCAGCACCGCAGCUCAUCCUGGCCAAACCAGCAGCGGUGGCUCAGCCGUUGCCUCAGUUCCAGGUAAGCCAGCCUCACCCCACCCAGCCCCCAAAGCCCUCCAGCUGUCAGCCUGAAGCAGCACAAUCAGAAGUAGCAGCAGAGGCUCCGCCCCCCUCCAGCCCACUAGCAGCAUCAGCAGAAACCCCAUCAUCCUGAGAGCUCUGCCUGGAGCCAGGCCACCAAGUGGGGGGUGGGGGGGUAGUACAGGAAGUGACUGUGGACACUGCUGAGGAAGUGCAGGACACAUCCCACACCUCCCCCGCCUUAGAGCUCCUCUCUCAUCGGCUCAGACUGUCAGCCUAAUGUUAGUCUCCAGGGACACUGAAGCCCUACAAAGGAUAAAAGGGACUGUUGUACACACACACACGCGCGCGCACACACCCACACACACACACACUUUCAGAGCUCAGAAGACAUGGGCAGCCUUAGAUUCUACAUGAAAAACCUUUUGUAAUCAAACGUAAUAUAAAGCCUGAUAAGACUUUGUUGUAAACAGAAGUGUACAAACGUUUUUUGAUACUCAAUGUGUCAAUACAGAUGUAGUCGGGUUUCAUCUCUUUGUUUCCUCCUCUGUUUCAGUCUUUAAUGGUUUGUUACUCCACAGCAACCUCACCUUCCCAACACUUAGCGUCUUUUUCUACUGUUCAUAAAAAGGGAGUAAAGGAUGUCUGCGUCGGACAAAACAACUGAAUGGUAUGCUCCACAUUUGAAGUAUGAUAUACUAUUUUUUUCUUGUACUAUCAGUGUAUUGAAGUAGAUUUUACUGAAAUAUGUAUUAUAAAAAAGACAAAUGUGAAUAAAACUGUCUAAAGUU